AUGGUGGCAGAGUUGGACUUGGUGGUGGUGUUUUCAGCUUGGAAAGCCGCCCCAGAGCUAUUUGUCGAGAACAUCUACGUCAAACAGGAACACCGCAAAAAAGGCCUCGGUAAGGAAUUCUUCGCCGAGAUGGCUGCGGUUGCUAGAGACAAGGGAUGCGCUCGUAUCGAAUGGAAGACUCACGAGGACAACCCACCCGGUAUCACUUUCUACGAGAACGCCCUCGGAGCUUGCAGGUCAGACACGACCGACAUCAUGAGGAUCGAGCCUGCAGGAUACGAGGGGAUCAUUGAAAGAUUCGGUGGUCUGUGA